GUCUACGUAUCAAGCUUGCGAGUUACAACUGAUAUUAAUUAUCCAGUUGAGCAGCAGGACAGGCUUCAGGAGCAAUCGAGGGGGCCUGUUAGAAAGGCAAACAGCCACAACUACCGACCAACUACGUGGCCUCCGGAAGCCAAAGUCCGGAGCUUCCGCGACGCAGUUACCAUCUGCAAACUACUGUCAUCUUAAUGGCGACACUUGUGUCUGUCGACGGCGAGCUUGCCUCAGACGACUUGCAAAAGUCGCUGAUGCCGGCAUUGGUCGGAGGUCUGCAAGUUUUCCGCACAAUGGAGCAGCUACGGGAGAUGUUCGCACCGUCAGAUGUUACUCCUCAGAACCGUUCGUCCAACCUCGCCGAACAUACCAUCACCACCUCAUCCUCCUCUUCUACCGCUCCCGGGAACUCCUGGUGGCCUCACCUCCAGGGUGCCUUCCGAGGCUUCCAUCAGCGCUCAUCAUCCCCCAUUCGCUCGCAACCCCAACCCAACCACCGCCACCACCGCCGGCUCUACCAACAUCGACCUCAGCAACAGUACCAGGACAGCAAUGUCCAUGGCACGGUGGCCAACAACAGUGGCAGCAGCAAGGAUCACGCCGCCCAGCAACAUUUGGCACAGCAACAAGAAACUGAGAGCUGGGCUCAGGUUGCUGCUACAGUGGCUGCCGGGGCGGUGUCUCGCACCCUCGCCCAGAUGGCAAUCCACCCCCUCGACACCCUCAAGACACGACUGCAGGUCUCCCUGUGCAACCCCCAACUCCAAAUGUGGCGGGCCGUCAUGUACUGCUCCGACACCCGCCCGCAAGCACUCCUGGCGUGGGCGCGACCCGCGGGUCUGCGGGACGUGUACCUAGGCUUGGCGGCCGCAGUGGCCGGAACGCUGCCCGCAUCCGCUGUGUACUUCACAACGGAGCAGGCGGUGCGGAAGUGGCUGGGACGGACCCUGCAGUUGGACAGCGAGGGCGCUCCCUGCCGUCUGACGGCCUCUGCGACCGCCGCCUGCCUCGCCGCCCUCGUACGGGUGCCUGCAGACGUGGUGAAGCACCGGGUGCAGGCUUACGCCUACCCCUCGGCGAUCCACGCGAUCCGGGACAUCCUGGCGACCAAGGGACCCAUGGGUCUGUACUCGGGUUUCGGCGCCUCAAUGCUCCGUGACGCACCGGAGCUUGUCAUUCAGUUUACCGUUUACCGCCAACUCAAAUCUCUUCUGGACCACCAGAAGGAGAAGAAGUCAGCUGGCGGCGGCGGCGCUGCCACCGCCGGCGGAGGCCUGGCGGAGAGUAUCCUGCUUGGCGGCGCCGCCGGCGCCGCCGCCGCACUGACGACGACGCCACUGGACGUCGUCAGGACCCAGAUGUUGUGCGGUACGGCGAAGUCAGUGGCGGCGGCGCUGACGGCGACGGUGCGUGCCGGCGGUCCGGCGGCGCUAUUCAACGGUUUGGCUCCGCGACUGUUGCAAACGACGCUUUGCUCAGCCAUCUUCUUCACAUGCUUCGAAACCAGCAAGGCAAGGCUGGGCUUGCUGACGGCGGCGGCGACGCCGCUGUCAUCAAUGGCGGCGACCUCGACACCGCCGCCGCCUCCGGCGGCGGCGGUCGCCGCCAGUGAGCAGCGAACGACGGCGACUUCGUCGGCUCCGCCUCCGCCGCCUCCGCAGCGUUGGCAGUCGUCAGUGGUGGUGUACGGCCGCCGCCGCAGCAGCGGCGGCGGCGCCGCUGGCGCGGCAACCUGGUUGAAUGGUGCGGGAGUUGGCGGCGACUUGGGUCCCUUGGCUCCGGUAGCAGCGUACGCCUAUGCGUAUGUGGGCGCAGCAGCGCCCCUGAUGACGUCAGGAGGAGCUCUGGUGGACAGCCGGUAUUAGAUAGUAGUGCGUUGUUAUUGAGACGGAAGGCUUACUUUGGAUGGGACGCAAAUGCAGAGGAAGGAGUGCUUUCUAAUGGUUUAUAGAUAUGGCCUAGUAAGCAGUUUGCAAGCUCUCGUACGGAAUAAUAGUGUCGUGCUGCUAAUGCUUUAUGUACGGCUCCUUUCAGUAUGCAUGUGCAAGUGUUAGGUCAAGGGUUAUAAGGUCGUGAUGUCGACUAGUCAGAUAAAACGGCGGCAGGGCAAAAGUUCUUGUGAUGCGUAUAUACACAUGCCUGCCUGUGAAAGGGUUCGGCAGGACAGCAGGACGUUUGGGGUUUGGAGCUUACACUUCAUGCAUGAUACCUUCCCUCUGAGAUAUGGGGCGCAAGGUAUCUGUCAGCGUAGUUCAUGUUUAAGGCGACAGCAACAGCUUGUGAGACUGCUUGCUCGCUGCGAUUCAUCUUUUCCUCCUUUCGUUUCCGUUCUCUACUUGAGUAUGUCUGAAACGGGUAUUAUAGUAGUGGGCGCUAGCCGGUAGCUAUCAUGCAUGUAUAGCUAGCUUGACACCGGUAUGUUGCAGGCCGGGGACUUGUAUGCUAGAUUGACAGCGAUUUGUGGGCCCUAUGCGCUCUUGCCUUGUUGUAGGAAUGUGAAGUGAUGAGCUGCAAACGAAUAUGCUCCGAUAGCUAAGCAGCAGAGGUGUGCAGAUGGCUAUCUUCUUGCGUGCGUACUAGGGAAACGCGUAGGAACUCGCUAGUGAGUCGUGGGUUAACCCAUUCAGGGGGGGCUUCUCGGUCGCUAAGGGAUAGGCUGUGGUGAGUAUAUAGGCUGGGCGGUUGUUUGGUUGCGUUUGGGGUAUAUGUAGCAGUAGCAGGAGGAGGAGGGUUCAGGUUGCAGCAUGAGAGCGGCGGGGGCUGUUGUAAAAGAGAUAUCAACAAUGUCAUAAGUUGACCUCUAUGUACCGGUAAUCUAAUAUGGCGCUUCUCGGGCUUAUUACGGCUCGCACGCUGAGCAAGCCAUCUUUGUACGUGCCGUACGUCAUCUUGUCGGAUAAUUCUCAGAGAAGACAAAACUUUAUGUUUAGUCGCUUUCCUUGUAAAGUCAUUUUGUUUGUCGUUGUUGGUGAUGCCUCCUUAGAACGCUGCUGACGGUUUAGUUUGGGUGUUAGUGGCGCGUACUAAGCGCCUAACUUUACAGGGCGGCAGCUGUUUGCAUGCGGCCCUACACUCGAGGCAGACCCGUGGGUCACGCUCCCAGCAUGCCGGCUUCAUCCUGUGUCGGAAGCCACGUACAACUUACGGUUAAGUAUUUGAUGCGGGUGGCUAGGCAGCGCACUGUGACAGGGGCGCCUUUUUGCCCUUCCAUUAUUGUAACGCCAACCAAUAAAGUGGCGUACAGUCCAGGCUUAUUUUGGUUACCGGUAGAUCACGUUGGCAAGCUUACGUUCAUGUCCCAUGGCGCCCUGGGUCUGUGCCAUGGUGCGUUUGUGACAAGUAUGGUGACAAGACUGCUCACUUUAGGGUGAAGGAUGAUCCCUUCCCAGCUUUCCGUAAGCUUCAUGUGAUGAGAGCGCUGGCCUUGACAUGUGAUGAGAGCGCUGGCCUUGACGUGUUUCUAAUGUGAUGUGAGAAGGGGAUGUCAUGCCAUGCUGUAACCCAUGCCGUACUAUACUGCACGAUGCGGUAACGAUGUGGGGGUAAAGAGGAAACAACUAACUGACCGUGAUGUGGGGUUGGCUGGGGGAGCAUCGGAGGGUAAGGCCCCGGGGUUCCACCCAUGCAACCCAAUCA